AUGCUUGCGAGCACUCUCUACUGUUUUAGUAGAGCUUCGCUGGUAGCAGGAUCUAAAACCGGACGCCAUGGGCUGGUCCGUGCCGCAUACAAGCGCGAAUUGUUCAGCACUGCCGCUAUAAAGAAGCUGAACUAUGCAAGAACCGGGAACAACGAGGGCGUUGGGUCUCUGCAGACACGGUCCACCGUGAUCCAGCUUCUCAACAGUAUUGGCUCUAAGCGUGAAGUAGAACAGUACCUGAAGUACUUUACUUCCGUCUCGGAGCAGCAAUUCGCGGUUAUCAAAGUUGGAGGUGCCAUCAUCAGCGACAACUUGCCGGAACUGGCUUCAUGCCUGGCGUUCCUGUACCAUGUGGGGCUCUAUCCGAUUGUGCUGCAUGGCACGGGUCCGCAGGUGAAUAACAAAUUGGAGGCUCAGGGUAUCGAGCCUUCAUAUAUAGAAGGAAUUCGCGUAACUGAUCCUGUGACCAUGACAGUAGUUCGCGAGUGCUUUCUGGAACAGAACCUGAAACUUGUGACGGCCUUGGAGCAGAUGGGCGUCCGUGCCCGGCCGAUCACGUCGGGAGUCUUUACGGCAGACUAUCUAGACAAGGAAAAAUACCAGUUAGUGGGAAACAUUACCAGCGUGUGCAAAGAUCCAAUUGAGGCUUCAAUCAAGGCAGGCGCUUUGCCUAUCUUGACGUCUUUUGCGGAAACCACGGCAGGCCAGACCCUAAACGUAAAUGCAGAUGUCGCGGCCAGCUCGUUGGCUCGCGCGUUUGAGCCAUUGAAAGUGGUAUACCUGAACGAGAAAGGUGGUAUAAUCAACGGCGAGACGGGGGAGAAAGUUUCCGUCAUAAACCUUGAUGAGGAGUACGAGGACCUGAUGCGCCAGAGCUGGGUUAAGUAUGGGACGAAACUGAAGUUGCAGGAAAUUAAAGAACUACUCGACUACCUGCCUCGAACAUCCUCUGUUGCUAUAAUCAACGUUCAAGAUUUGCAGAAAGAACUAUUCACUGACUCCGGCGCAGGUACGAUGAUCCGCAGGGGUUACAAACUACUGAAGGGCUCUUCCAUGCAGCAGUUUGGUGCAGAACGCUUGAGAACUGCCCUUGAAAGAGAUCCGGAGAUUAGAUCGGGACGGCUGUCUGUGGCUUCGUACUUGAAGUCAAUUGAGGAAACUAAUAUUACAACAUAUGCAGAUGAGCCUAUGGAAGUGCUGGCUAUUAUUGACAAUGACGGAACAAUACCCAGGGUUGACAAAUUCCUCUGUUCUCAGGCGGGUUGGUUGAACAAUGUAGCUGACAACGUCUUCAAGACACUAAAGAGAGACUUUGGGGCGCUGGCUUGGGAGGUCGAGGAAAGAGAUCCUGCUAUUUCAUGGCACUUCUCUAAUUCCGAGGGUUCCUUCCUUAGAAACGGCAAGGUGCUAUUCUGGUACGGGAUAAAUGACCUGGAAACUGUCGUCAGCAUUGUAGAUUCAUUUCUCCGGAGGGUUUCCCCGACGUCCGCCAGGAACUCCAUGAAUAAUGCCUUUUCUGCGAAACAGUCGAAGCGCUAUUACUCAAUCGCCAGCAGAAGAGCACCCCCUAAACUACAGGGCGAAAAUACAUCCAUCAGUAGAGUGGCACUGAUCGGCGCAAGGGGGCAUACAGGUACCAAUUUAAUUUCUCUAAUUGAAAAUCACCCAUAUCUAGAACUCGCAUGUGUUUCCUCUCGUCAGAAUGCAGGUAAACCCUUGGAGGGCUACACGAAAGCGCAGAUUGUUUACGACAACUUGAGCCCGGACGACGCAAAGAAACUCGAGCUUGAGGGUGCAGUCGAUGUGUGGGUCAUGGCGCUCCCCAAUAACGUCUGCAAGCCUUUCGUGGAUGCCAUCGAGAGCGUCCAGCGCGAGUCCAAGAUAGUCGACCUCAGUGCAGACUAUAGAUUUGUACCGCCUGCGGUCGCAGCCUACGGUCUGCCAGAGCUUAACGACCGCAACGAAAUCGCUUCUGCUCGAAAGAUCGCGAACCCCGGCUGCUACGCCACCUGCGCCCAGCUUUCCCUGGCACCGCUUCUUCCAUACAUGACUGCGGCCCCCGUCGUCUUCGGCGUCUCUGGGUACUCCGGUGCAGGCACUACGCCGUCUCCGAAGAACGACCCCGCAGUGCUGCACGACAACCUCAUACCCUACUCCCUCACAGACCACAUCCACGAACGGGAGAUAUCCACACGAUUGGGUACCACCGUCGCGUUUCAUCCACAUGUGGCACAGUGGUUCCAGGGCAUCACGCAGACUAUUUCCGUUCCUGUCAAAAAAGGCGCGCUGACACAGGAUCGGGUGUCGUCGCUUUAUAAAGAAUUCUACCGUGGCGAAAGGCUGGUGACCAUAGCAGACGACGUGCCGCUGGUCCGUGCCAUCGCGGGUUCCCACGGCGUGGUUAUUGGCGGCUUUAAGGUGAAUCGCUCUCAGGACAGGGUCGUGGUAGUCGGCACCAUCGACAACCUUCUCAAAGGCGCCGCUACGCAGUGCCUGCAAAACAUCAAUCUUGCUCUGGGAUACAGCGAAUACGAGGGCAUCCCCACGGCACCCAGCAAUGCCUCGUGA